AUGGCAUCACUGAGAUUGCCCCUCCCCCGCCAGCUUCGGCUGGCUGCCCCGAGGUCAAGGAUCGCCGCCCGCCAGACACCUGCUUCCUCGUGGGUUUGCAACUCAUGUGUGUCAAGCUCGGCAUCGUCCUCGCGGAUUCCCCGUGUGAGGACAUUCAGCGCCUUUGCAGCUCUUCAGAAUGCCACCAGCGCAAAGAUUGGCUCAGUCGAUCCCUCCCUUGAGCCGCUGCAGAGGCCCGAGUCCUUUAUUCCCCGACACAUCGGACCUGAUGUUACCGAUGCUGAGGCCAUGCUGAAGGCGCUCGACCCUCCGGCAAAGUCAAUUGACGAGUUUAUUGCCCAGGUUGUCCCUCCGGAUGUCAUCUCCGAGAGGAAGACAUUUGGUGCUUGGGACAAUGAGGGCCCCCUCGAUGAGAGCAAAGACCGAAACGGCAACCGUGCCUUGAGACUGGCUCUGCAGACCCGUGAGCAGCACAUUCGUCGUGAGAAGGCAACCAGCAAUGUCUGCACUGCUCAGGCUCUUUUGGCCAACAUGGCUGCCCUGUUUGCCGUUUACCACGGACCCGAAGGCCUGAAGGAGAUUGCCUCGAGAUUGGUUCGUCUUGCCCGUGGAGUCCAGGCCGUUGCCGAGGCCUCGGGUCUGGAGACCGAGCAGAGCGGCGCCAGCCCUGAUGGCAAGGUUCUGUUCGACACCGUCGUCAUCAAGGCCAGUGACCGUUCUCAGAAGAUCCUGGCCGAGGCCAAGAAGGCUGGUCUGGGCUUCCGCGAUUUUGGAAACGGUGAUAUUGGCAUCAGCGUCAACGAGCACGUCACCGAGGAGGUGUUCAAGUCCAUUGCCGCCGUCCUCGGCAGCGCUACCGGUACCCAGACCGCAGAGGUUGCGAACAAGGCCUACGGUGCUCUCACCCAGGACAUCACCGAGCUCCUUCCCGCUACUCUUCGCCGCCAAUCCGCGUACCUCACUCACCCCGUCUUCAACACUCACCGCAGUGAGACCGAGAUCCUCCGAUACAUUCACUACCUCCAGUCCAAGGAUCUGUCUCUUGUUCACUCCAUGAUCCCUCUCGGAUCCUGCACCAUGAAGUUGAACGGCGCGACGGAGAUGGCUCUGAUCACCCUCCCCGGAUUCUCCACCAUCCACCCUCACACGCCCGCAAGCGAGCUCCCGGGCUACACUGCCUUGAUUGAGAGUCUCUCUGACCAGCUGAAGGGUAUCACAUCCAUGGAUGCUGUCUCUCUGCAGCCCAACUCUGGCGCUCAGGGUGAGUUUGCCGGUCUCCAGGCCAUCCGCAAGCAUCUCCUCUCCCAGCCCGGUGGUCAGAAGCGUGACAUUUGCUUGAUUCCCGUUUCCGCCCACGGCACCAACCCUGCAUCCGCUGCCAUGGCCGGCAUGCGUGUCGUCCCCAUCAAGUGCGACCAGAAGACCGGUAACCUUGACAUCGAGGACUUGGAGGCUAAGUGCAAGAAGCACGCCGAGGAGUUGGGUGCCUUCAUGGUCACCUACCCUAGCACCUACGGUGUCUACGAGCCCGCUGUGAAGAAGGCUUGUGAGCUCGUCCACAAGUACGGCGGUCAGGUCUACAUGGACGGUGCCAACAUGAACGCCCAGAUCGGUAUCGCCUCGCCCGGCGAGAUCGGCGCCGACGUCUGCCAUCUCAACCUCCACAAGACCUUCUGCAUUCCCCACGGCGGUGGUGGCCCCGGUGUCGGACCCAUCUGCGUCAAGGAGCACCUCGCUCCCUUCCUGCCCGGUCUCGCCCACGACGCCGACCAGGCCAUGGUUUCCAGCGCCCCCUUUGGCAGCGCCGGUAUCCUCCCCAUCAGCUGGGCUUACAACGCACUGAUGGGCAACGACGGUCUCCGUCUCGCCACCAAGACCGCCAUCCUCAACGCCAACUACAUCCUCGCCCGCCUCAAGCCUCAUUACAAGAUCCUCUACACCAACGAGAACGGCCGCUGCGCGCACGAGUUCAUCCUCGAUGCCCGUCCCUUCAUCGCCACCGCCGGCGUCGAGGCCAUUGACAUUGCCAAGCGUCUCCAGGACUACGGCUUCCACGCCCCGACCAUGAGCUUCCCCGUCGCCAACACACUCAUGAUUGAGCCUACGGAGAGUGAGAGCAAGGAGGAGCUCGACCGCUUCGUCGACGCCCUCAUCAGCAUUCGCGAGGAGAUUCGCGAGGUCGAGGAGGGCAAGCAGCCUCGUGAGGGUAACGUUCUCCGCAUGGCGCCUCACCCCCAGAUGGACGUCAUCUUGGGUGACGGCGAGGGCAAGUGGGACCGUCCUUACUCCCGCGAGAAGGCUGCGUACCCCCUGCCUCACCUCAAGGAGAAGAAGUUCUGGCCUAGCGUGGCUCGCGUUGACGACACAUACGGUGACACUCACCUGUUCUGCACGUGCCCUCCUGUCGAGGAUACCACAGCAGAGUAA